UAUUAGAACCUUCACUUUUUUAUCUAAGUUGGUAUUUAUAUGUGUGAGCACUGCAGUGCCGUUGAGCCUGUAAUGACGCUCUGCGCCACUAGGGGGAGUUUCUGUUUGUGCUAGUGGAGGUAAAGAAAAGACGGAAAGACGCACCUUCAGCAGGUAGAACCGAAACUGAAAGAAGAAAAUAAACAGACGCCAUUUCGAGACUUUGGACCUUUCCACUCUGUUUAAUCGGUUGUUCAUUUUAUGUAAAUGAGAGCAGGUAAACACUAAAAUGAGUCUUCAAAAUGAGUCCGAAGAUGAGGAUUCUGCCUGUAAAAUGAGUUCAGCAUCUCCUGGAUCAAGCUAUGUGUCUAUGAAGAGUGAUCGGUCCAUGAUGAUGAUGCCUCCUGACCUCAGUGAUUCACCAGUGACCUCUGACCUCAGCAGGAGACAGAGAUCAGAGUCUCCAGAAUACAGCCGUGUGUCUCUGAAAAGUGAUCAAUCCAAGGAGGGAAAUCCUCCUGACCUCAGUGAUGCACAAGUGACCUCUGACCUCAGCAGGAGACAGAGAUCAGAGUCUCCAGAAUACAGCCGUGUGUCUCUGAAAAGAGAUCGAUCCAAGGAGAAAAAUCCUCCUGACCUCAGUGAUGCAUUAGGGACCUCUGACCUCAGUUUUAGCAGUCAAAAGAUACCUGAGGUGGUCAGAUCUGUCCAGUCUUCUGCAUCCAACAAUCAGACUUGUAUAAUUCAGGAAAAUACAGAAACACCCCUGCAGAUACAAACACUGGUGACUGGAGAUCUGCAGAGUGUUAAAGAUCAGCACAAAACCAGCAUGAAGAAUAAAUAUGAGAGAUUACUUGAGGGAAACAAACUAAAUCAGAAUAAAACUCGCCUGAACCGGAUCUACACCCAGCUGUACAUCAUAGAGGGAGAGAGUGAAGGAGUGAAUGAAGAACAUGAGGUUUUACAGAUGGAGAAAACAGCCAGAACAAAACACUCACAACACACUCCAAUCUACUGCAAUGACAUCUUUAAAGAGGAGAAAGAGCAAAUCAAGACUGUUCUUACUAAAGGCAUCGCUGGAAUCGGAAAAACCGUCUCUGUGCAGAAGUUCAUUCUGGACUGGGCCGAGGGAAAAGCCAAUCAGGAUGUAGAUUUCAUGUUUGUGCUUCCAUUUAGAGAGCUGAACUUGAUUAGAGAUCAUCAGUACAGUCUUCACAGACUUCUGCUGGACUUUCAUCCUGAACUUGAAGAUCUGGAGCCCAAGAUUUAUGAGGAGUGUAAAGUUGUGUUCAUCUUUGAUGGUCUGGAUGAAAGCAGAAUCACACUGAUGUUUUCAGACGCUCAGAAAGUUUGUGCUGUGACUGAGACUUCAUCAGUGGCUGUGUUGAUGUCAAAGCUGAUGAAAGGAGAGCUGCUUCCCUCUGCUCUUAUCUGGAUCACCUCCAGACCAGCAGCAGCCAAUCAGAUCCCCUCCAAAUACAUCAAGCGUCUGACAGAAAUUCAGGGAUUCACUGAGCCUCAGAAGGAGGAAUAUUUCAGGAAGAGAAUCAGUGAGCAGCAUCAAGCCAGCAGAAUCAUCUCACACAUCAGAAGAGCAAGAAGCCUCGACAUCAUGUGCCACAUACCCGUCUUCUGCUGGAUCUCAUCCACUGUGCUUCAGAAUCUCCUGGAAGAAGAUCUGAGUGCAGAAAUCCCUCAAACUCUGACUGAAAUGUACAUCCACUUCCUGCUGAUUCAGAUCAACAUGAGGAAUCAGAAGUAUGAAGAGAGAGAUCCAGAGAAACUCCUGCAGUCCAACAGAGAAGUGAUUGUCAAACUUGCUGAAGUGGCUUUCAAACAGCUGAUGAAGGGAAAUGUGAUGUUCUAUGAGGAGGACCUGAUUGAGAGCAGCAUAGACGUUUCUGACGCCUCAGUGUAUUCUGGGAUUUGCACUGAGAUCUUCAAGGAGGAAUCUGUGAUUCAUCAGAGGAAAGUCUACAGUUUCAUCCAUCUGAGCAUUCAGGAGUUUUUGGCUGCUUUUUAUGUGUUUUACUACCACAUAAGCAACACCACUAUAGCAUGUUUUGAUUCACUGCAUAAACUCCAUGAAAGAGUAGUUGAUGAAGCCUGUGAGAAUAAAACUGGCUAUCUGGAUCUGUUCCUGCGGUUCCUGCUGGGCGUCUCACUGGAGUCCAAUCAGAGACUCUUACAGGAUCUACUGACACGCAGAGAGAAGAGCUCAGAGAGCAUCAGGAGAAGCACACAGUACAUUAAAGAGAAGAUCAGAGAUGGACAUGGACUCUCCACUGAAAGAUCCAUCAAUCUGUUCCUCUGUCUGCUGGAAGUGAAAGAUCAGACUCUGUCCAGAGAGAUUCAGGAGUUUGUGAAAUCAGACAAACAGUCAGAGAAGAAACUCUCUCCUGCUCACUGCUCAACAAUCGCCUACAUGCUUCAGAUGUCAGAGGAGGUGCUGGAUGAGCUGGAGCUCCAGAAAUACAACACAUCAGAUGAGGGCAGAAGAAGACUGAUACCAGCCGUCAGCAACUGCACAAGAGCUCUUCUUGCUGGCUGUAAUCUCACUGCUCAGGAUUGUGAAAUUGUGUCGUCAGUUCUUCAAUCCUCAAACUGUGUCCUGAGAGAGCUGGACCUGAGUAACAAUGACCUGCAGGAUUCAGGAGUGAAGCUGCUCUCUGAUGGACUGAAGAGUCCAAACUGUCAGCUGGAGAUACUGAGGUUGUCUGGCUGUAUGGUGACAGAGGAAGGCUGUGGUUUUGUGUCUUCAGCUCUGAGUUCAAACCCCUCACACCUGAGAGAGCUGGAUCUGAGCUACAAUCACCCAGGACAAUCAGGAGUCCAGCUGCUCCAACACACACUGGAGGAUCCACACUACACACUGCAGAAACUCAAUUUGGACCAUGGAGGACUUUCAUGUAUCACACCUGGACUGAGAAAAUAUGCCCGUUUUCUCACACUGGAUCCAAACACAACACACACUCAACUCAUCCUGUCUGAUGAAAACAAAACAGCAAGAUGUGUGACAGAUCCUCAGCCGUAUCCUGAUCAUCCAGACAGAUUUAAGACCAAUGAGCAGGUUCUGUGUAAAGAGACUCUGUCUGGACGCUGUUACUGGGAGGUGAAAUGGACCGGCUCUGGUCAUAUAGGGGUGGCCUAUUAUGGCAUUGACAGGAAAAGUGGGCUUGACUCUUGGUUUGGACUCAAUGAAAACUCCUGGAGCCUCUACUGCAGUGAUACAAAUUACACAGUCUGGUACAAUAAUAAGAGCACAGAUAUUAUUGCUCCUUCAUCUUGUAUUAAUAGAGUAGGAGUGUAUGUGGACGUGCCGUCCGACUGUCUGUCCUUCUACAGUGUCUCUGACACAAACACACUCACACACAUACACACAUACAACACCACGUUCACUGAACCCCUCUAUACAGGAUUUAGCAUUUAUCCUGAAUCUUCAGUGACUCUUUGUCAGAUUUAACAAUAAUGGAAGCACAUCUCCACCAUCUCAAAGGUCAUUGUAUUAUGUUAUUUAUAGUUCAAUAACAAGUUUACAAUUGUGACGUUUUAAAAGUUGCAGAAUUAUAAGUGUGAGCUAAUAAUAGUUGCGUAAUAGUAUGUGAUGAUGCACUGUGAGAUAUAGUCAGAUUGUAAUGUAUAUCUGGAAUUUGAAAUAUAAAGUUGCAGUUAAGAAAUAGCUGCAAUUUUCAGAUUAAAUGCACAACAUAAAGUGACAACUGCCAGAAAUAAAUCCACUUAUAAAAGUACUUCAAGAGUUCACACGUAGCUGAUGAUUGAUUAUAAAGGGUGUUUGGCAUGCUGUCCCGGGAGAGAGCCCUGAGCUCAGGAGAUCCUCAAGCCUGGGGCUCCCACCCAUUUGAGGGGAGUUUGAGCUCAGGUAGGCCUUGAGAACUCCCCCACUUAUUAUGGUUAUUGAUGAGUUAGGAAUUGCUGCACUGUAAAAAAUGUUCCACACAAUUCGUUCAUGUUGUCUCAACACAAAUUAAGUUAACACUUUUAACAUAUUUAUGUGGAUUCAACAUAAAAAAAAUUAAGUUGCCCCAAUGAAACCUCAGGAGUUGUGUUGUUUCAGCUGAUUUUAAAUAAGUAGUUUGAACGAGCACAAAAAUUAUUAUUUUUUGAAUGCAGAAAUGCCGGCUGGCCCGGUAAGGGCUUGAACCAGUGUCAUUCUUGCUGUGAGGCAACAGUGCUAACCACUGGGCUGCCAUGCCCCCCUAUGUGAUGAAAAGCUCUGGUUAUUUAUAGUGAGUUAGGAUUCGUCUGAUUGGCGCGAUAUGUGUAGCUAAUGCGGGACCUGCCGUGGUCAAUCAUAAACAUGUGAUCCUUUUGAAAAUUAUACAUUUAUAAAUAAACCUCACAAUGUCGUUAUUACAAGAACAGACAUCAUCAAAAUCUUACAAGCAAUUUGUAAGGAUAUUAAUAGUUAUAAACUGAACAUAAAGUAUUUACAUAUGAAUUUUCAGUUUUAAGACUUUCUGUGCUAUGUUUAAUAAAUGUUCCUAUGGAGUAAUGAACGUCAGCUCACACAAGUGCAGAUAAAAGAUGUGACCGGUACUGACUGAUUUUCUGUUUUAACUCAGGUAUAUAAUAUUACUUUAACUACCUGUUUUUUUGUGAGUCUAUUCAAGUAAUAUGCUUUUGCUAUAUAAUACUUUCUGUUGAGCACAUAGCUAGCACAUGGAGAGGCUGUUUCAAACUUGUUUGUGUUUAUAUCAAAAGCAAGAAUAAAACAGAUCAAUGAAAA